AUGCUUUUAAUUAAGAUGUCCCUUUAUUUGUUUUAGAAAAACUAGUAGCAUCAGCGCUUUGACUCUUCAAGACUGUGCAUUUGCUGUGGGUGGGAAUGUACAUUGGGGCAGCCACCAUGUAAGACAGUAUGUUGUUGUUGCUAACUCGUGUCCGACUCUUUUACGACCCCAUGGACUGUAGCCCACCAGGCUCCCCUGUCCAAACGAUUUCCCAGGCAAGAAUACUGGAGUGGGUUGCCAUUUCCUUCUCCAGGGAAUCUUCUCCAUCUAGGGAUUGAAGCUGCGUCUCCUGCAUUGGCAGGUGGAUUCUUCCCUGAGCCAUCAGGGAAACCGUGUAACACAGUGUGGAGGUUCUUAAAAAGUAAAAAUAGAGUUACCAUAUGAUCCAGCAAUCCCACUCCUAGGCUUAUAUCUGGAAAAGAUGAAAGCUCUUAAUUCCCCAGUGUUCAUUAGCAGCAUGGUUUACAAGAGCCAAAGACAUGGAAACAACCCAGAUACCCAUCAACAGGUGAUUGGUUUAAGAUGUGACAUAUAUGUAUAUAUAUAUAUACAUGUGGAUAUAUACUCAGUCAUAAAAAGAGAAUGGAAUAUUGCCAUUUCUAGCAACAUGGAUGGACCUAGAAAAUAUCAUACUAAGUGAAGUAAGUCAGGAAGAAAAAGACAAAUAUUAUAUAAUAUCAUUUAUAUAUGGAAUCUAAAAAAUAAUGCAAAUGAAUCUAUAUACAAAGCAGAAACAGACAUGGAGGUAUAGCUCAGUGGUGGAGCAUUUGACUGCAGAAACAGGCACAAAGACAUAAGAAACAAACUUCGGGGAAAGGAAAGGGGGGAGAGAUAAAUUGGAAGUAUGUGAUUAACAGAUAAAAAGUUAAUAUACAUAAAAUAGAUAAGCAACAUGGAUUUACUAAACAUGGAGAACAGUAUUUACUAUCUUGUGAUAACUGGUAAUGGAAAAUAAACGGAAAAAAUAUAUAUAAAUGAAUCACUUUACUGCACACCUGAAACUAACACAAUAUUGUUAUUUAACUAUAUUUCAAUUAAAAAAAGCCUGCAUUUGUCGGCAUGCAGACAUUUUAUUUUUUCCUAGUAUUUGGUCAGUUUUUCUGCUCGUGUAGAACUGCCAUUAUUUGGGGGGAAGUAGAAAUUCAGAUUCAUCAUUUUUUUUUUUGUCCACACUUUGUGGCCUGUGGGACCUCAGUUUCUCAACCAAGGAUUGAACCUGGGCCAUGGCAGUGAAAGCAACAAAUCCUAGCCACUAGAGCACCAGAGAACUUCCUCAUCAGUAUUUUAAACUAUUUCUUCUUAAGCUGUUUAUUUCAGUCAGAGGAUCACACUGAAAUUUUUGUUUUACUUGAAGCAACUAAAAACAUUUUCUGUUCAUCAUAUUCAUACUAUAUACUGUAUUUUGCAUAAUUGUGCUUUUUCUGCUGUGUUGUAUAAUUUGGAAAUAAUUUCUGUGUGGGUUUAUUGCUAAUUAAAUGAGAUUUCCUAAAAACUUUGUAAAUUGUCAUUUUUUAUUUUUAAAUCGUGGACAUAAUAGACAUUCUUUUUCUUGGAAGAAAUUGCAUCAUAGGAAUAUAAAAUGCUAAUGUUUAAAUAAGUGCUAACUUAUUUGUUUAAAUAAGUGUUUAAAGUGUUUAAAUAAUGUUUAAAUAAGUGCUAACUUAUUCAACAUCUGUUGUGCCUUUAUUGGUAUAUAUGAUAAUUUACUUUAGAAGGCUCUGUGACUUGAAAUAAUAGCCAUUUCCGAAGUAAGAGUCCUCAUGUUGAAGUACCUGAGAAGGAGCUAUUUGAAUUUUAUGGCCUUCAUUUAAAAAGAAUUCUCUGACUCCAGGGGCACAGCGAGGAGAGAGAUGAGGCUGAGCUGGGUCUUGAUAGUACUGUCCAUCUGCCUGAGCGCCGUGGUCAUGGCCACAGGGGCUGAGGGCAAACGGAAGCUGCAGGUCGGAGUCAAGAAGUGGGUAGACCACUGUCCCAUCAAAUCGCGCAAAGGGGACGUCCUGCGCACGCACUGCAUGGGGAAGCUAGAAGACAGAACAGAGUUUGACAGCAGCCUGCCCCAGAACCAGCCCUUUGUCUUCUCCUUGGGCACAGGCCAGGUCAUCCAGGGCUGGGACCAGGGGCUGUUAGGGAUGUGUGAGGGGGGAAAGUGGAAGCUGGUGAGUCCAUCAGAGCUGGGGUAUGGAGAUCAGGGAGCUCCCCCAAAGAUUCCAGGUGGUGCAAUCUUGGUGAUCGAGGUGGAGCUGCUCAAAAUCGAGCGACGUUCAGAACUGUAGCCAAACUGGAGAGGGGCGGUGGAGAGGCCCCCAUCCGGGACCAGACUGUUUAAAGAAAGAAAAAACCUUCAGUUCAGUUGCUCAGUCGUCUCUGACUCUUUGUGACCCCAUGAAUCGCAGCACACCAGGCCUCCCUGUCCAUCACCAUCUCCCGGAGUUCAC